CCUUCUACAUAUCAAUUCUCACAGGACGAAAUAAAUGACGCACCGGUUACAAAAAAAUAAUGACAAUUUACAACUUCUACAUUUUUGAUAGGAACGGGACAUGUCUUCAUUAUGGUGAAUGGAACAGAAAGAAGCAGUCUGGAAUGUCCAAAGACGAAGAGUUUAAGCUGAUGUAUGGAAUGUUGUUUUCUGUGAAGUCAUUUGUCAGCAGGAUAAGCCCAACAGAUGUUAGGGAUGGUUUCCAGAACUUCAAGACCAGUAAAUACAAGCUUCAUCUGUAUGAAACACCUAGUGGUUUAAAAUUUGUCAUUAACACAGAUCUUUCUGUUGGGAGUAUUAAGGACAUUCUACAUGACAUUUAUAAAAAUAUAUAUGUGGAGUAUGUGGUAAGAAAUCCUGUGUGCGACAUGAGUCAGCCAAUCGAAAGUGAACUGUUUAAAACAAAACUUGAUGACUAUAUCCGAGCAUUGAGUAUAUUUGCAACAAGAGUGUCAUAGUGAAACUAUACGAUAAAAGUGUGCAGUUGUAAGAAGUGAAUUUCACAGGAAUAAAUGUGUAAAAUAUUAGAGACAAAAGUACACUGAGUUUAAGUUAAUAAUGAAAAGAUUCUGGAGACUGUUGAUACAUGGGAACAAUUUUUUUUAAUUGUCUACAUGUUACAGGUCAAACAUGUACAAUGUUCAUUUGCCUUCAUUUCCUCUUACAAUCACACAGGGAUAAACGGUGACUUCUGUUCUUAUGUUUGAGGCACAAGAAUUGCAUCCACCUUUUAUCCCUGCUUGCUUAUAACACAUGACUAAAUGGGUUUGAUUUACUGGAGUCUAUGCAUCUCUUAGCUUCAGCAGGUGAGGUGGUUUUAACCCUUGGUGUUGCUUUGAAGUUUGUAACACCCGAGAUUAGCCAAAAUCAUCUUUCCUAUUUCAGCACAAUAUGACUUAUACUUUGUUGGUGUGCCGUAAAAUAAAAAAAAAAGUUCUUAAUUUUGCAAUAUGUACAAAAACUUGGUUCACUGACAAAAUAUCAUUUAUACUGUGACAGUUUCAUAGCUGGUAAGAGUAGUUUUUUCCCAGAGUACAAUUACAUGUACAUUCAAUUGAAUUGUAUAAUAUUCCUUAUAAAUAAGUUAUUGUUAAUAAAUGUGCAAUUAAAUGUGAUUUAUAUAAUACAAUU